AUGAUUUAUUUUUUUUCUUCUCUGUGUUUUUGGGGGAUUUUUAUAAAUACCUUGACUCAACAUGCUGUCCCAGCCUCUGAGUUUUAUCUAGAGGGGGAUUAUUUGAUUGGUGGAUUUUUUGACAUUCAUCGUGUUGCUGUUGCUUUUGAAAAAAACAGACCAGAGGCAAUUGACUGCUCCAGGCAUGCCUUCAUCCCGUCAAGUUACCGGAGGUUUCAGUUGAUGAGAUUUUCUGUGGAGCAAAUCAACAAUUCUACCAAUCUCCUGCCAAAUGUCCAUCUUGGCUAUGAAAUAUUUGACCAAUGCUUGGAUGCAGAGAGUUUUCCAAGUAUUUUGAAUCUCAUGUCAGCCGAUGGCCUGGUUGAACCUUGGGCUGACCCUCAGAGGAACCUGACCAAAGGGCCCAAAGCGAUUGCUGUAGUUGGACCUUUCACCAGCACUGACACGCUGACCACGGCACCACUCUUCGUAGUAGAUCUCGUUCCUGUGGUCAGUUACGGAGCUGGUAGCUCUGCAUUUUCAGAUAAAAGUAAAUUCACGUCUUUCCUUCGGAUGGGACAUGCCAAUAAAGGCACCAUAGAAGUGAUUGCUAGCAUUUUGCAACACUUCAAUUGGCGUUGGGUUGCUUUCCUCAAGAGAGAUGAUACUUAUGGCAUUGAUGGGCUGGAGCUGUUCAUGAAGAGGAUUGAGAAAACCAACAUCUGCCUGGCCUACACCUACAGUUUGAAUGACAACACAAAUUACUCCCAAAUAUUCAAGCAGAUUGAGGCACAGAAAGUGAAGGUUAUAAUUGUCUUUGUUCCAAAACUCACUGCUGAAGCUAUUAUUGAGUCAGCGGUCCAUCUAAAUAUCACAGACAAGGUGUGGAUAGCAGCAGACACCUGGUCUCUCAAUAAAAGGCUCCACAAGCUGAAAGGAAUCAGGCACAUUGGGACUGUGAUCGGGGUGUCUCAGCCGGUGAUCCCAAUCCCUGGUUUCAGUGAGUUUCUCUAUUCUACGAGAGGCCGCGUGCUUCAUGAAUAUACAAAACAGAAUUUGUUUUGCAAUCAAGUUUGUAACUGCAGUGGUCUGUCUCCAGAGGAGGUCAUUUCUCUAGACCCAAGUUUUUCCUUUUAUGUUUAUUCUGCCGUGUAUGCCAUUGCUCAUGCCUUACACAAUGCACUGCAGUGUGGAGCUGGUAAAUGUGACAGCAACGUUACAGUUUACCCACACAUGAUUCUAGCAGAACUUAAGAAGUCAAAAUUCAAACUUUUAAAUCAAACUGUUGAGUUUGAUGAGAACGGUCAACCCAGGUAUACAUCCUAUAGGAUAGUUUUCUGGAACAGCAAUGGUGAUGCACAGGAGGUGGGUUAUUAUGAAGUAUACCCAUCGUCACGCUUCUUGCUCAACAGCACUGAAAUUCAGUGGCACACUGAAGGAGAGGUUCCAACUUCAGUUUGUACCCAGGAGUGUCCUGUAGGAUACAAGAAAAAACAAGAAGGGAUCCACACAUGCUGCUUCAGCUGUGAAAUCUGCCAAAAUGGGACUUUUAUCAAUGUCACAGAGGAUCCCUACACUUGUGUCUCCUGCACUGAUGCUGAAUGGUCUGCAGAGGGAAGCACGUCAUGCAGCCUGCAGGUGGUGGAGUUUGUACCGUUCACAGACACUGGAGCUGUGGUCAUCAUGGUUGCUGCCUUGGUCUUGGUGGGACUGAAUCUGGCUGUGUCUGUUCUCUUUGCCAUCAACUAUAACACACCUGUGGUCAGAUCUGCUGGAGGACCCAUGUGCUUCCUCAUUUUAAUCUGUCUCACUCUUUCUAGUCUCAGUGUGUACUUUUAUUUUGGUCAGCCAACAGCAGCUUCCUGUAUCUUGAGGUUCUUCCCAUUUCUGCUGUUCUACACUGUCUGUCUGGCCUGUUUUGUUGUGCGCUCUUUUCAGAUUGUUUUUAUUUUUAAGAUAGCAGCCAAGUUGCCAAAGCUUUACAGCUGGUGGAUGAAAUAUCACGGACAGUGGCUGGUCAUCGCUGUGGCUUCUGCCAUUCAGGCCCUUUUACUAAUUAUUGGAUACUCUUAUGACCCUCCCAAACCCUUCAAUGAAACAUUUUGGUACCAAGACAAAAUAGUUCUUGAUUGUAAAAUGAAUUUCAUGGCAAAGUCAAGUUCAGUAUUUUUCCUUUCAUUCUUGUGUUGUCUUUGUUUCAUUUUCUCCUACAUGGGAAAAGACCUCCCAAAGAACUACAAUGAGGCCAAAUCGAUCACCUUCUGCCUGAUGCUCUUCAUCCUCACAUGGAUCACAUUCAUCACCAUACACAUACUUUACCGUGGAAAGUACAUCCUGACUCUGAAUGCUCUGGCAGUCCUCUCUAGUCUCUACUCUUUCCUUCUGUGGUACUUUCUCCCAAAAUGUUUGAUCAUUAUUUUUCAACCACAGAGAAACACACAGCAGUACUUUCAAGGACUCAUUCAGAGUUACACCAAAACAAUCAGCCAGUAG